ACUGCUUUGGGAUACCCUCAUACCCCAACUAGCAGACGAUUACUCCAGGUCACGGACAACGUGACACUCUCCCCCACUUCUCAACCCUUCUUCUUCAUGCAUGAACCUACCUUCUCAUCCCUCAAUUUCCAACUCCUCCUCCACCACCACCACCUUCCAAUGGCUUUCCCCCUCCUCCUCCUCCUCUUCCUCUUCUCCUUCCUCUCUCAAACAACAGUCUCUCUCCCCACUUCCACCUUCAACGACGAAGUCCUCACUCUCAUCCUCCUUAAAACCUCUCUCCAAGACCCUCUCUCUUCCCUCUCUUCUUGGAACGACGAUGACCAACUCCCAUGCACUUGGCUUCACGUCCAAUGCGACCCUUCUACCUCCAAAGUCAUCUCUCUAUCUCUUGACUCCCUUUCCCUCUCCGGCCACCUCCCUCACGGCCUUCAAAGUCUCCAAUCUCUCCACUCUCUCUCCCUCUCCCACAAUAACUUCUCCGGCGACCUCCCUUCCCAUCUCUCCCUCCUCCCCUCCCUCACUUCCCUCAACCUCAGCCACAACCGUUUCUCCGGCCGCAUUCCUGACACCUUCAACAACAUCUUUCGUCUCCGCUCUCUUGACUUGUCUUCUAACUCCAUUUCCGGUCCCAUACCGGAAUCUCUCUUUUCCGGCGGGUUAUGUUCUUCUUUGAGAUAUCUUUCUUUGUCUGAUAAUCUUCUUGAAGGUUCUUUGCCGAUCACUUUGCCACAAUGUGACUUCUUGCUUCAUCUCAACGUCUCCGGCAACCAUCUUUCUGGCUCUCCUGACGGUGUCUGGAAGCUUACUAGGCUUCGUGUUCUUGACAUUUCCGACAACUCAUUCUCCGGCGCUGUUCCAGAGAUCAUCUCAAAUGUGCAUAACUUGAAAACUUUGAGGCUAAGAAAAAAUGGUUUUUCCGGUGAGAUUCCUCAAAGUAUCGGUAUGUGCCAGCAUUUGAGCAUGCUUGACUUAGCUGAUAACUCUUUCUCCGGACAAAUACCAAACUCGCUUGGAUUCCUUAGCUCUCUUUCUUACUUCAGCUUGAUGAAUAACAAGAUUGCAGAUUCUUUUCCUUACUGGAUCGGAAACUUGAGCUUGCUCAAACAUUUGGAUUUAUCAAACAAUGAGUUCACUGGAAGCAUUCCGGAGUCUCUUGGCAGCUUAAAAAGCUUGAAUUAUUUGAGUUUCUCUGAAAACAUGCUCACAGGAUUCAUUCCGGCAUCCUUGGGUGGCUGUUCUGAGCUUGUUGAGCUCCGGUUAAGAGCAAACAAGCUCAAUGGUAGCAUUCCUCAAGGUAUAUUUAAUCUUGGGUUGCAAUUGCUGGACUUGUCAUCAAAUAGGCUUACAGGUUUGAUUCCUCCUACCUCCACCAAAUUUUCGGAGAGUCUACAGUUAUUGGAUUUGUCAGACAAUGAAUUAUUCGGAUCAAUUCCUGAAGAUAUGGCUCUCUACUUCAACUUGAGGUAUUUAAACCUUUCGAGUAAUGCUCUUCGAACACGGUUGCCACCGGAACUUGGUUCCUUUCGGAAUUUAUCAGUGUUGGAUUUGAGAAACAGUGGGAUAUAUGGUAACGUUCCAGGUGAUCUCUGUGACUCCAGUAGCCUCUCUGUUCUUCAGCUUGAUGGAAACUUCUUAGUUGGUUCCAUUCCUGCAGAGAUUGGGAAAUGCUCUUCUUUGUACUUGCUGAGCUUGUCACACAAUGGGUUCACUGGUUCGAUUCCGGUUGAAAUUUCGAAGCUGAUGAAGCUCAAAAUCCUCAACUUGGAAUUCAACAACUUAACUGGAGAGAUACCGCAGCAACUCGGAACAUUGGAGAAUCUCUUGGCUGUUAACAUCUCACACAACAGGCUCGUCGGCCGUCUACCAGCAGGUGGCGUGUUCCAGAGCUUAGACAAGAGUGCUAUGGAUGGAAACCUUGGCAUUUGUUCACCCCUCUUGAGUGAACCUUGCAAGAUGAAUGUGCCGAAGCCACUGGUUCUAAACCCGAAUGCUUAUCCUCAAGGCAACGGUGGCAGUGGUGAUGUCUCCGAACCAGCUCCAAUACCGAAAUCAAAACACAGGCAGUUUCUUAGCAUUUCAGCCAUCAUUGCCAUCUUAGCUGCACUUUUUAUAGUUCUUGGAGUGCUUGUAGUGACACUACUUAACAUAUCAGCCCGGAGGAGGAUCGGUCUAUUGGAGAAUGCAUUGGAGAGUAUUUGCUCAAGUUCGACCAAAUCAAGUGGGCCUGCUGUGGGUAAAACUGUGAUCUUCACCCCAAGGACCAACCGAAAGACUGAAGACAUGGUUGUUGGAGCUGAGACAUUGUUAGCAAAAGCCACAGAGAUCAGCCGGGGAGUCUUUGGUACCAUGUACAAGGCUCCAAUAGGCGAAGGAAGGAUGGUGGCAAUCAAGAAACUAAUAACAUCAAACAUAAUUCAGUUCAAUGAUGACUUCGACCGCGAAGUUCGCAUACUUGCCAAGGCAAACCACUUGAAUGUACUCCCUCUUAAAGGCUACUACUGGACACCUCAACUCCAGCUCUUGAUCUUCGAUUACAUACAAAAUGGAAGCUUACACACAUGGCUUCACGAAAGAUCGGAAACAAUGCCUCAGCUCUCAUGGCCUAAUCGAUUCAAGAUCACGAUCGGCACAGCGAAAGGCCUUGCUUAUCUGCAUCAAUCGUUUCGGCCACCCAUCAUUCAUUACAACAUCAAGUCAAGCAAUAUCCUAUUGGAAGAAGAUUUUAACCCGAAGAUUGCUGAUUUCGGUCUUGCUAGAUUACUGCCAAAGUUUGAUAAACAUGUUAUUAGUAGCAGGUUUCAGAGUGGUAUGGGAUACAUGGCACCAGAAUUGGCAUGCCAAAGUCUAAGGAUCAAUGAGAAAUGUGAUGUAUAUGGAUUUGGUGUGUUAAUUCUGGAACUUGUUACUGGAAGGAAGGCAGUGGAGUAUGGAGAGGAUGAUGUUGUGAUCUUGAUUGAUCAAGUGAGAUCAUUGCUGGAGCAGGGGAAUGCACUGGAUUGUGUUGAUCAGAGCAUGGGUGAGUUUCCGGAGGAGGAAGUGCUGCCGGUGAUGAAACUUGGUUUGGUUUGUACUUCGCAGAUUCCGUCGAGCCGGCCGUCAAUGGCCGAAGUUGUGCAGAUACUUCAGGUUAUUAAGACACCGGUUUUAGAUUGAAUUGGGAAACUUCUGAUGACUUGUAUGGUUUUUAGUUUGCUAAUCAGGUGUCAUGUGGUUUUUUGGUGAAUUAUGUUCUUGUUGAUGCUGUUUUUUUUUUUUUUCCCUGCAGUGUGGGUUGGUGGUGUUGUUAAUCAUGUCUUCUGUUGGUUUCUUAUGGAUUUGUUGUAUUACAUGAUAGAUUGGAUUGAUUAGAAACUGAAAUGAAUAGCACCAAUGUUGGAAUAAACAUUGUAUUAA